AUGAUUGGAGGUGGUGGUGGUGAUGAAGGUGGAGUUGGUGGUUGUGGUGGUGGGGAUGGUGGUUGUGGACGUGUUGGUGGUGGUGGUAGUGGCAGCAUGGUGGUGGUGGUUGUGGAGGUGGUGGUGGAGGUAGAGGUUUUGGAGGAGGUGGUGGUGGUGGUGGUGGCGGCAAUGGCAGUGGUUGUGGAGGUAGUGAAUGUGGUGGUGCAAGUGAUGAAGUUGGAUGUGGAAGUGGAGCUUUGA